AUGGAACCGCCCUUUACCUUUACUACUCAACCUUCAAGAUCUAGUGCACUACCUUCUCAACCUUUACCCAUCCUCAAGGGUGGCAUCAAUGCCAUCACAUUGAGGUCUGGCACUAAAUUGCAAGAAAGGAGUCUCGAGGAGCCAAGCCCAAGGGAAGUCACUCAAGACAAGGAUGUGGUUGAGGUAGAAGAAGUCGAAGAGGAGGAUGAGGUACAAGAGAGAGUUGAAGAAGAAGUUGCUCAAAUUAGGGACGGAGUUUCUAUGGAUGGAAAUAUCUUGGAAGAGGCCACUCCAAUCCCAUUUCCUACAUUGGCAAGGAAGACCAAGAAGCAAGUAGAGCUAGAUCCUAAGUUGGUGGAGAUAUUCAAAAAGGUUAAGGUAACUAUUCCCCUUUUUGAUGCUAUUCGCCAAGUCCCUAAAUAUGCGAAGUUUCUAAAAGAUUUGUGUAUAAACAAGGAAAAAAUCCAAGAUUUAGAAAUUUUUCUAUUGGAAUGCUCAAUUUCCGCUUUGAUGGGUGCUAUACCGGAGAAAUGUGGUGAUCCCGGUCCUUGUCUAGUCACUUGCACAAUAGAUGAAGUACAUUUUGUUGAUUGCAUGUGUGAUCUAGGUGCUUGUGUGAGCAUUUUUCCUUUAUCUGUUUAUGAGAUAUUGAAGCUUCCACCAUUGAAACGGUCGGCGGCCCAGUUUGCUUUAGCGGAUCAAAGCAUAAUUUCUAUGGUUGGCAUUGCGGAGGAUGUUUCAGUGAGCAUAAAGGGGUUGGUCUUCCCGAUUGAUUUCCAUAUUCUUGAGAUGCCCCCUAGUGACGUCGGAAGGACAUCAUCUAUCUUGCUUGGAAAGCCAUUUUUGAAGACCUCCCGAUUUAAAUUGGAUACUUUUUUGGGUAUCUAUUCUUUUGAGAUUGAUGAAAGAGCUAUGAGCUUUAGUCUUGAUGAAGCCAUGAGGCAUCCAUCGGAGGACCAUUCUAUUUUCCGGUGUGAUUUGAUUGAUAAUAUUGUGGCUGAAGUCCACCAUAAUGGCUGUGAUGAGAAGAGUAUGAUUCAAAGUCCAAGUGUAGGGAACUCCCAUGAAUGUGAAGAGGAUACCUUGCACCUCCAAUGUUACUGGAUGAUCAAGUGCUGA